AGAAAAGAGAGAAACAAAAAGAAAAAAAGAGUAAGUGAGAAAAAGAGAGAAAGAAAGAGGAAGGAGAGAAGGAGACGGAGAGACGAGCACUGCUGGUGGGGAAGGAGAUCGCCGGAGUUGGCCGGACUGUCCUUCACGUCAGAGAUAAAGGGAGGAGCUGUAGCUGCUGUGUUGCCGGACUGGUUGCCGCUACGUACCAUUACCUUUCCACCGCCCGUCGUCCGGAAGAGGUGAUUAUUUAGAGACUGAAGUAGGGGACGUGAAUUAGGAGCAUCAGAUUUGAGGUAAGUUUCUCUGCCAAUCUAAAAUCGUUUCCUCGUAUUAUAUAUGUACUAUGUGAUACAUGAUUUUAGUGUGAGUUAUGAUGUAUAUGCAUGUGAUUUUGAAGUUGUUCGAUCUGUGAUAUUUGAGAAGUGAAACUAAGUGCGUUUGGGUAUUAAAUAUUUUAUUUAAACAUUUUCGAAGCAGUUUGAGAAAUUGAGGAAUAUUUUGAGAUAUAUUAAUUCAAGAUAAAAGAAUGAUAUCAUAAAGAGGUAGGCAUCUCGGGAGUAAUCCGGGGUGUCGGUUUUCCACGUCCCUUAAAAUGUGGAGGGUGGUUAGGGCUACUACUAAGAAGAAGAGAUUUUUGAGUAACUUCCGGAUCGAUGAUCCCUUUUAAGAAGCAUAGUUGUAGUAGUAGUCCCUAAUCAUUCAGAGAUAUCUUAUUCAGGGGUAGUUGGUAGAAUGAGUCCCGACUACUCGGGAUGACUUACUACUCGGAGGGCUUGGAAUCCCUUUUAGAGGGUGUGCACACUUAAGGUAGUCGUUUCGUUUCCACAAGAGCGUUGUGGUACCGGCAUUGAUCGGGGUGGCCGUCCGUAACCAAGGUUCACCGGGAUCAGCCGAAAGGUUGAGCACCGCCCUUCUAAAUUACUAGGAAGUUAGUGAAGAAGAGAUUGUUGAGAAUUUUUAAGAGAAGAGUUAUUAUAAUAUUUCCGAAGAAAAGUUGAGGAUUUUAGUAAAGAAGUAAUUUUGAGAAGAAUCAAAGAGAAAAGAAUUUUGGUGGAGUGUGUUAUUUUUAUAUAGAAUUAUAUGAAAAACUAUUUUUCGCCAAACCUGAUUAUUUUACGGGAUUGGGUAGUACUUACUUAGCUCUAAAGCUAUUUUUUUUUAUUUUUCUUGUCCCUACCUCCCCCAUUAAUUUUUAACAGGUGAGGAAUUAGACGCCUAUGUGGAUUGAUGGAUUGCAUGCGAUUGGGAGCGAAUUAGAAAUAAACACUUAUAUUUUUCUGUUUGGUUUUAGUUGCCUGUGCAUCCGGUUGAGAGAUGACCGGGUGUGGCGGUAACACCCAUUUCCUAUUUUAGACUUCCGCUGUAAUUCUUCAACUCUUUGAUGAAUGAAUAAAGUAUUCCUUUGAAUAAAUAAUUAUUUAAAUGUAUUUUUGGGUGAAAAAAAAUGGGGGUGUUACAAAUUGGUAUCAGAGCCCUUAAGUUUUCCGAAAGGACUAGAACACGAGGUAAUAGGUCGUAGGGAGAAAUUCUGUCACAAAGACGAUAACAGUCUAAGCUGGUUGGUGCAUAAUUGAGUCUUUGCGCUCGUCCAACUAACUGGGAAUUUCUCCUUGUGCUGAAACUUCGUUGUUCGAAAUCUUUGACGAAAACCAUGGUUUCGAAGCGGGGAUUUUCAAAAUGUUUUCAUAAAAUUAGGAGAAUGAACAUACUAGGAAAAGGCCUGUUAGGCACGCGGUGAGAAGGAGAAACCAUUGCGAAAUUAUUGAGUUAUGAAAUGUAUGAAAAUUCGUUCUUAUGUGAAGUAUGUGGAGUAGGUAAGAUCCUCUUAUGUGUUUAUCUGUUUGAAGUUAGUAGAGAACUCGCAAAAGUAGAAGCCUUAUGAAUGCCUUAGUACUUAGUACGUGUUUUCUUUAUUAAGAAUAAUGCCGCCGAGGAGAGACCCACAUUCAACCCCAACUGUCACGGAGCUGGCCCAAACUGUCCAGCAAAUGGCGCAGCUCAUCGGAGCAGCUCAAGCCCAAAACCCUGGGAUUGACUACGCAACAAGGGUAGCCGGGCGAAACCCUCCAAAAUACUUGGGCGAGGAGGACCACCUUAUCCUGGAGGACUGGAUCCGCACUUUCGACAAGCUCUUUGACUCACUCAAUUGCUCGCCGGAGCAACGAGUGAAUAUUGCGGUGUAUUAUCUGCACCAAGAAGCGGACCACUGGUGGGCCGCCAACGGACCAGCACUUCUCGGACAACCAGGCUUUGAUUGGGGGGACUUCAUUGUGGCACUGCAUGAUCGCUUCUAUCCGGAUCACGUGAAAGAGGCAAAUUAUGACGAAUUUGUCAACUUUAAGCAAGGUGACCUGACUGUUCAGGAGUACCACACGAAGUUCGUUCAACUGGCUCGUUUUGCCAAGGACCUGGUGUCAACUGAGGCCAGUAUGACCCGCAGGUUUGUUAACGGGCUUAACUACGGGGCCCAAAAGUUCGUGACGGUAGCAGAGCCGCGGAAUUUGAACGAGGCUUAUAGAAAGGCUGGUAAGUACUAUCUGGUACACCAGAAAGAAAGAGAGGCACAGAAGAGAGACCGGAAGAAUGCGGAGGUGGAGCAACAGCAAAAGAAGGCCCGCACCGAUCGCCCUGAGCAAAGGCAAAACAAUCAAGGCGGUAGAACCUUCCAAGGCCAGGGUCAGGGGAGGAACCAGCCAACCCAGGUACGGUACUACAAAUGCAAACUAUGCCCAAACAACCAUCCUGAGAAGGAUUGUGCAGGGAAUGCGGUAAAGUGCUAUAACUGCAACCGUAUGGGGCAUAGGGCGUAUGAGUGCCUCGACGAGAAGAAACCCCGGGGCCAGGGCCAAAACCAUGGGACCAACCAAACCGGGGGUGGGGAUAAUCGCGGUAACAACAACCGUGGUAAUUCCGGUAACCGUCCAGCAGAGGCCAACCGUAAUCAAGGCCAGGGAGGACAGAACAACACCCAUGGCCGGAUUUACGUCAUGAACUAGGCUCAAGCAAAUGCGCACGACGUGGUGUCAGGUACCUUUCUUGUGAACUCCACACCUGCUCAUGUACUGUUUGAUUCAGGUGCAUCCCACAGUUUUAUAGCCUCAAAACUUGUGGAAAAGUUAAAGUUAGAACCUACAACUAGACUUAAUCUUAAUGUAAAAAUGGCAUCCAACAAAGUUGUAGCAUGUGGAAGUGUUUUCUCUAAUAUUUCCAUAGUCAUAUCCGAUACCGAACUACCCGGAGAUCUAAUCCAGUUUGACUUAGAGGAUAUCGACGUGGUGUUGGGUAUGGAUUGGCUAGGGAAAUAUAAAGCCAAAAUCUUGUGUGAUGAACAAAAGGUGGUCUUAAAAGGACCCAACAAGAAGCGUGUAUCCUACAAGGCGGUCACAUCUAAGCCAGGCGUGAAGCUGGAAACCAUGCAACAAGUCAAACGAUACGUCCGGAAGGGGUAUGAGGUUUACUUAUGCAUGAUCAAAGACUUAACAUCCGAGAAUCCGACCAUUGACCAAAUCCCUGUGGUCAAUGAAUUUCCGGAUGUGUUUCCGGAAGAAAUUCCGGGGAUACCGCCGGAGAGGGAAGUUGAGUUUUCGAUUGAUCUAGUGUCGGACACCGCACCCAUUUCGAAAGCACCAUAUUGUAUGGCACUGAAGGAGAUGUAAGAACUGAAGAAACAACUGGAGGAAUUGCUUGAGAAGGUCUAUAUCAAGCCGAGUGUUUCGCCUUGGGGCGCUCCGGUCUUGUUCGUGAAGAAGAAAGACGGUAGCUUGAGGUUAUGCAUUGAUACCGAGAGCUAAAUCGUCUUACCAUCAAGAACCGAUACCCCCUACCCCGCAUUGAUGACCUGUUCGAUCAACUGAAGGGAGCGGGUAUACUUUCCAAGAUUGAUCUUCGAUCCGGCUACCAUCAGGUGAGGAUCACAGAGAAGGAUAUACCGAAGACUGCAUUUCGUACAAGAUAUGGGCAUUAUGAGUUCACCGUGAUGCCGUUUGGUUUAACCAACGCACCAGCAGUAUUCAUGGACCUAAUGAACCGUGUAUUUCGCCCAUAUCUUGAUACAUUUGUGGUGGUGUUCAUGUUAGGAAAUUGAUGUAACGUACCUCAAAAGUACAGCAGCGGAAGUUUAAAAUUUUCCCAAAGAGAUCUUCCCUGAUUAUGACAAAACAACGAAUAUGACAAUAAUAGUAGAUCUGAGUUAGAACUUACAGAUCUUCUAGCCUAGCGGUGAUAAUCCUUGACCUUAGGUGUCCACGUGAUUUCUCCUUUCCGAAAGAACGGUUAGACCUCCCUAAGAGAAAGGCUAGGAAAUCUCUUCGCAGGGAAAUAAACUGGUAAUACUGAAUCUGAAAACUGGUAUCCGAAUUAUGGAGGAGGGUGUAUUUAUACUAGUUCUAAACUAGUUUCCUAAUCACAACCAAAGUCUUACUCAUUAAUGAGUUAUAGUCCUACCAGGACCAAUACACCAUUAUUAAUUAAAUAAGUUGGAUAAAACAUAAUAAUAAUAAUAAUAACAAUAGAGAAGUGGC